AUGGCGUUCCCGCGCCAAGGGAAGCGGCGCGACGCAUACCAGGGAAACUCGACGCGCAGGGACGGCGGAGUUAACCGUAAGCUGCGGCACUACAGCCCAAAAGGGGCUCUUUCUCCAAUCUUCACCAGCUCCCCCCGCCGAACCCCAGCUUGCCAAGCCAACCAACAGCCAUGCCGGCGGCGGUCGCCUGCUCCGUCAAGUGUCGCCCCCACCACCGCCUCUCGGCGCUGCAGCUCCCCACCGCGCUCCAGCUCCUCCCCCGCGGCGCCUCGGCCUUCGCCGACGAGCGGCGGGCGACCGGUGCCGGACCCCGCCCUCCCUCUCCUUCGCGCGCGCUUUCGACCAAGGGGAGCCCCCCGUGCCCCCUGCCGAAGCCCGCCGUCCGCGAGAUGGGCCCGCACCGUCGUGGCGGGACGCGAGGAAGCCGGACCCGCUGCUCCCGUGGCCGCAGCCGCCCUGCUCUUAGGGCGGAGCUUGGGGAGGUGGUCAUGGCGUGGCAUGGAUGCGAGGAAUUGUGAGGGGGUGGGGAAUGUACAACAGAGGCGGCCAAUGGGGCAGGACGAUCCGGUUGUGUGUGCACAGUGGCUGCAGCAGCACCUAGGCCAGCCCGACAUCAAGAUACUAGAUGCUUCCUGGUACAUGCCACAUGAGAGCAGGGACGCAUGGCAAGAAUACCAGGUUUCUUUAUGGAUCAUGUUUGCUGUAAACUCUUCACCCCUUUUGUGCCAAUGUUUCUCGCGGCUAAGAUGUUCAGAUAUGCUCAGGUGGCCCAUAUUCCUGGCGCGCUCUACGUCGACAUUGAUGGUAUUUCAGAUCGUACGACUCAUUUGCCACCCAUGCUGCCAUUGGAAGAGGCUUUCGCGGCAGCGGUUUCUGCACUUGGCAUCAGUAACCAUGACAAAGUCAUUGUUUAUGAUGGGAAGGGGUUCUACAGCGCGCCUCGUGUUUGGUGGUAAGCAGCGCGCUGCUUGGGUUGAGUUCAACAGAAUGACUGAAAUCAAACUUUCUUGCUAA